AUGAGUCCUAAAAACGUUUUAGUAUUUUUAACUUGCAUCCUCAGUAUUCAGUGUUUUGUUCUAGCAGAAGAAAAGGUACUUACUAAAAAAAGUGAUAGAAGUGAAUUUCAAAAAUCUUUAUCAAAAAAUUGUGAUGAUUCAUACUCUCUUACUUGUCUUAAAUUAGAUUUAGUAUCUUGGGUAGACAAGUUAAGUGAAAAUGAAGACUUGAGUGUUCUACCAGGCGUUUCAAUAGUGCGCGAAAAAAAUAGUGUUUCUCCAAGUACUGGUGAUAUAGUAACGGAACUAGCUCGUGAAUUUCCCGAUGAUCCAAAUGCCCGACUAGAUGCUUUCCUGUUGAAAAAAGUUACAGGAUUUUUAAAUAAUCACUCCGUCAAACUAAACCUUUGGAAAUCUGCAGCUGAAUCAGAAUCAGCAGGUACCGCUCGUAAGAAGGACAAAAAAGGUGGCGAUGGAGGAAUGGGAAUGAUCCUAGCUGCAGGUGCGAUGAUGAAAGGUACCCUCUUUGCCCUUGCCCUAGGAGGCUUGGCAGCCCUUGCCGGAAAAGCGUUAAUGACAGGUCUCAUUUCCUUGUUAUUAUCAGCCAUUGUUGGUCUUAAAUCACUUUCCAGUGGAGGAGGUGGACAUUCCACCUAUGAAGUAGUCGCCAAACCUGUGUACACUUCAUCUCACACCCAUUCAACAUCACAUGAAGGCGGUUGGGAUGGUGGUUAUGGAGGUGGACACGGAAGAAGUAUUAAUGAAGCUUCAUUGCCUUUGGCAUUACAACAAGGAUACAAGCCAUCAUAA